AUGCCUCUUCCAGAAACCAUGUUUUGUGCUCAGCAGAUCAAAAUCCCCCCAGAGCUACCUGAUAUUCUGAAGCAAUUUACUAAAGCUGCUAUUAGGACUCAGCCUCAUGAUGUUUUGCAGUGGGCAGCUGCGUAUUUUUCAGCCUUGUCAAAAGGUGAGCCCCUUCCUGUGAAGGAGAGGAUUGAAAUGCCCUUCGCAACAGAGAAAACAGAUGCUGGUUUGACCCUAGGACUCCUGAAAGUCUUGCACAAACAGCUUUCUCCCAGAGGCAUGGUGACUGUUGAAGAACUGAAGGAAAAAUGGAAGGACUUGUGCUUGCCAGAGGAGCCGCUGAAAGCUAUCCUGCAAUUGGAUGAUUUUGGUGAUGAGGUGGAAUGGACGAAGGUUCUGGCACUUGGGUGCAGCAUGCUCAGUGGGUCCUUACUGGGGUCGAUGAAACAUGCCUGCGAAAUCUUAACAAGCGACCCAGAAGGUGGAGCAGCUCGGGUUCCCUUUGAAACCUUCUCAUUCAUUUACUCGUAUCUGGCCAGGAUUGAUGGAGAGAUACCAGAGGAGGACACUGAAGCAUUCCUCCAGAGGAUUAAAGAAGAGGCUGACCAACAAAAUGGCAUGGUGAUGCUCAGACACUUUCUGCCCCAAGUCUCAACAGUUUUGACCAACCCUCCUGUUCAGCAUGAGGAAAAAGAAAGUGAAUAA